CCACAUGGGAGUUGGAACUGCACCCUAAAGUGAACUUUUUUUGUAAUAAUAAUAAAUAAUAAUCAGUAUAUUUCAUUAUAGUUAAUUAACAACAUAAAUAGCAAGUUUCAUACUUCUGGAAUCAGGUUUUAAUUAUCAUUAACGUUUAAAUUAUUAAAUUUAUAGUGAAGAAGGAAAAAUAUUUGCCAAAAAACCAUGUAGUUCGUGCGAGUGAGAUAAACGAAACACACAAUUUUCGAUUUUUAUUAUUUAUGAUAUCUUUUUAAGAAUACAGUCAAAAUUUCGGUACUAUUUUAUUUUAAAAUCUGGAUACUUUGUCUCUACUUUGAAGGCAUUGAUUGAAGAUAAAAAUGCAUCAAAAAAAUACUCCGCCUUUAUCGCCUGAAAUGGAGCAGGAGAUUGACGAAAAUGAAGUAAUUUAUUUAGAAGAUUUGGAAGAAAUAAAUGAUGUUGAAGAUGCUGACAUGGAGGAAAUUGAAGAUAUGGAAGAAAAUGAAGAAGGCCAGGGUAUCAGUAAAGAAGUUCCAGAGAGAAAUGAUUCUAUCUGCAUAUUUUCCGGACACACUGGACCGGUAUUUUGUGGAGCUUUAAGUAAAGACGAAAAUCUGGCAGCAACCGGUGCAGAAGAUGACAAGGCAUUCGUUUGGAAUACAGUCUCGGGUGAAAUAAUGUUCGAAUGCACAGGACACACGGAUAGUGUAACAUUUGCUGAUUUUAAUUAUGAUGAUUCGUAUCUGGCAACUGGCGAUAUGAACGGAGUUGUUCAAAUUUGGAAAAUCAAUGACAAACAAUGCGUUUGGAAUUUCGAUAUGGGAGAUAUGAGUUGGAUGCAGUGGCAUUUUGCAGCCAAUGUUUUACUUGCCGGAUCUGUUCAAGGAGAAAUUUACAUGUGGAAAAUACCAGACGGAGAUUGCAGGAUUUUACCAGGAAGUGGAUCUGGUGUCGAGACAGGAGUAUUAUUGCCAGACGGUAAACGACUCGCAGUUGGAUAUGAAGAUGGAUCGAUACGCAUCGUGGAUUUAAAAUCAAAUUCCAUUCUUUUCACCGUAUCGCAAAAUUUGGGACAUACACAAAAAGUAAUUGCCCUAGACUGUUACGUUGAUAAUAAUUUAAUUCUUUCCGCUGGUAUGGAUGGAAAAACGAUCAUUAGUUCUUCACAAACUGGAAAGGUAAUAACCGUCCUACAAGAUCUUCAAGGAGGUGGCAAUUCGAAUGACGCGAACGAUGAAAGUGCACCGGAGGAAAAUCAAGGUAAUUGGGCGGAAGCAGUGGCAUUCUACAAAGAUCCCGAGCAUCAAAUUGCCGCAACUGGAACUAUAAACGGAGAAAUUUUCAUCUGGGACAUUUCCAAGAAAAUGAUUCGUCACAAAAUUGAACAAAAAUGUGGAAUUAGUAAAUUAUUAUGGAAAGAAGGGAACGCUUUACUAUUCGCUGCAAGUUUAGACGGUGUUUUAAGAGUCUUCGAUGGAAAAUCAGGAGAAUGCGUUCGAUUAUUCAUCAGUCACAGUGCAGAUAUUUUCGACCUGUGUCUCUCGAGGAAUGGAAAGAAAAUUUUAACCACGUCCGAAGAUAAAACAGCGAGAAUUUUCGAAAUCGAUAUACAUUAAUGUAACGAAUCAAUACAGAAAUUUUUUAGGCAAA